AUGAGCUCGUUCGGCGGACCCGCAUACCUCCCCCUGUUGCAUUUACUCCUGUUGCUGGCGCUCUUCCUGCUCCUCGUGGCAACAACGGCCGUGAAGGGAGCGGGCCGAAACGCCACCUCCACCAUCCUUAUAAAGAAAAAACACCACCAUGCCAAGUUACCUUUCGGCUGGAAAAAUAAUCACAUGAAUCUUCUAGGAAAAAAAAAAAUUAUCAAUUGCACGAGAGGAUUAUUUUUCAUAAAUGCCAAUAGGAGGAUCCACCACUUGGGUGGAAGAAGCAACAACAACAGCAACAAAAGCAUCAACAGAAACAGCAAACGUUUCAGCCUGCAGAGGUACAGCACGAAGGGGAAGAUGCAGGACGAGGCCUACGUCAGCUACUUGAAAAAGUAUAUUGUCGAUGACAGGGAGUUGGCCCAGGCUGUGGGGGAAGUACCAAAUGGGCAAGGAGGUGAUGCACCUAAUGGGGUCCUCCAAAUCGAAGAGCUAAUAAAGAAAACUAUAAGGAAGGAAGAAGAGGAGCUGUUCGCAUUCCUUCAGAAGGUGAAUGAGACAUACAAGCUGCAGUCCACCCUGAGGGUGGUUGGAGGGUGGGUACGGGACAAAUUUCUUGGCAUCUCAAAUGACGACAUAGACCUCACAGUGGAUAACAUGAAAGGCUCAGAAUUCUGUCACUAUAUAAAAGAAUACAUAAAAGAAAAGGAAAAAAAAAACUUCAAUUUUGGUAUUAUAAAAAUUAACUCAGAUCAAUCCAAACAUUUAGAAACGUCCAGUUUUCAUUUGUUUAAUUUCCAAGUGGACAUUGUAAAUUUGAGGAAUGAAAAGUAUACGGAAGAGAGUCGUAUCCCGGAAAUAGUUAUUGGGACCCCGGAGGAAGAUGCACUGAGAAGAGACUUCACUGUGAAUGCACUCUUCUACAAUUUGAACAACAGGCGUGUAGAAGACUAUACCAAAAGGGGAAUUAUGCACUUAAAAAAUAGAGUUAUCUGCACACCACUUGAUCCGUUUACUACCUUCCUGGAUGACCCUCUUCGAAUAAUCAGGUGCAUUCGAUUUUGUGGCGUUUUUAACUUUUUCGUCGAGAAGUCCAUUUUUGACGUUUUAAAAAAUGAACAUAUUAUGAAGGCGUUUAAAAAGAAAAUUUCCAGAAGUAGACUCUCCACGGAAAUUUUAAAAAUAUUUUCCAAGAGGUGUGAAAAUAUCGUCUUAUCCUUGACCUUGUUAAAUUAUAGUUCCUAUGCGAAGGAAAUCUUUUCUCUACCAGGGAAGUACUUCGUAACUAAUGAGGAGGUGUUUGAAAAACCUCGGCGGAAGGGUGACAAGGUGAACAGGAAGGGGGACCACCUCCCCGCGGGGGACGCCCUGCUGCCUGGCUCCACCGUUCCAGGUGGCACGAAGAAGUUGCACAUCGGGGGAAAAAACAGCGAAUCGACUAACAACGAAACGACUAACAAGGCUGACAACGAUGCAACCCCCAAUGGGGGGAUCCAUCACGAGGAAGGCCACGCAUUCGCACAGGAGACAUUUGUUAACGCCUUCCCCGGGGGUGACAGUAAAAUGGGCAGCAUGACAAACACGCUGGAAACAGGGACAUACUCCCAACCGGGGGAAUUCCCCCAAACGAGUGCGGAUGGAGAAACAGACUGGUACGCGGAAGGACUGCAAUACAUAAAAUUUUUUAAGGACAUCGAAAAGAACAACCUGUUGAGGGAAACCUUCCCCGAGCUGGAUUACCAUGAAAAUGUGAACAACGUGCAGCUGUGCUUGUACCUCCUGCCGCUAAAAAAUCACCACGUGGAGUUAAAAAAGGGAGGAAAAACUGAACCGGUCGUCGAAUUCAUAAUUAGGGAAUCCCUAAAAUUUCCACUCAAGCAUGGAAAAUUUUGUGUGCAAAUAUAUGAAGGGUUUAGCAGCCUGUACAAGCUAUACAAAAACAUGGACGUUUUUAAUUUUUUAAAAAAUAGCACUUGUGAUGGCAACAGGAAUGCAUACAUCAUUGGGGACAUUGUGUUGUUCCUAAAAAGUGUUGGAGAGAAAUGGGAUUUGCUCCUUUUAAUUUUUUUUAUCUUCCACAAAUAUAAAGAGGUGAAUAAAAUGUUCGUGACCACCAUCACAGCAGAUGUGUACUUGUCCGACUUUGCCAAAAAGCUGUACCAGUAUAUUUUGAAAAAUAAAUUGCAGACGGCUUAUAACGUCAAGCCGUUUCUCAAGUGGCCGGACAUUCGGCACAACUUCCCGCACCUCUCGCCCAACAGAAUCGGCGAGGUGUACGAGCAAAUUAUUCGAUUUUCCUGCAUCCACGGAGAGGACGAAGCCAAGUGUAUCGAGUUUUUAAAAGACCACUUCAAAGAGUAG